CAAAAUUUUUCCCCUUCCCUUUUCUUCUCCCAUCCCUUCGGUUCCCCCCCCCCCCCCCGCGCCAAAACCCCAAUCUCCUCGCCCUCCGCCGCCGAUCGCGGCGGCGCGGCGGCGAUGCCGAUCGAGAUCGACUGGGAGGAGGUGAUGCCGACCACCACCACCGCCUCCUCCUCCCACGGCGACGAUGUCGAGGUCCGCUUCGUCUCGACCUCCACGCGGUCGUCGGUGGCGCAGCGGCUGCGGCCGCGGGGGGCGAGGACGGAGGAGGAGGCGGAGAUCGUGAGGAUGAGGGACGACGAGCUGCGGAGGGAGAUGGCGUUCGCGGGCCGCCUCCGGCCCCGGUUCGAGGGGAUCCUCUGCGACGGCGGGGAGGGGAACCGCCGCCGCCGCGCGCUGCUCGAGGCCGAGGCGCGCCGCCGGGGGAUCGGCCCUGCCGCCGCGAAGGAUGGAGAUGACCGUCACUCUACCUCACGCGAUGUAUUCAGUUUCGAUAUUGAAGAUCAGCUUGGGGAAGAUGCAUCUCGCAGGUUCUGUGGUAAACCAUGGCCCGUUUCUUCUACAAAGGAGAACUAUGGUCAGCUAGGUAUUGAAACACGGAGAAGUUCAAGGCAAAUUGAACAGCGGAAACCCAUUUCAGUGGAUAAGAUGUACUCGAGCAAACCAUGUUCUUCAACUUUAUCUGGGCACAAACUGAGAGUUCAUGCCAUUGAUCCUGAUGAGAAAGCUGAUGAUGAAAAAUCUGAACCAAGUACAAGAUACUCUUUCAGAAAUUAUAUUAAGAAGAGGAAGGAAAAACAUCAGUCGUGUCUCUCUGAUUUUCAAAAGGUUCAAGACGUAGUUCUCUUGGAUGAUGAAGAUGUUCAGCCUGAGGGUCAAGUAGACUGUAGGAUGCAUGACAGAAGGAACGAGACCAUGAUUUACUACCCAUCAAGAGAUGAUCCAGAAGCUGUAGAGCUUAGCAGCUCAGAUAUUAAAUGUCUUGAUCCUGGGGUAUAUUUAUCAUCACCAGUGAUAAACUUCUACAUUCAGUACAUGAAGAGGACCAAACUGCAUGAUGAUGAUUGCAGAGAAAAAUUCUACAUAUUUAACACAUAUUUCUAUAGCAAGCUUGAAGAGGCUUUAUUGGGGAAGGGUGAGUUUCUGAAAUUGAGAAGAUGGUGGAAAGGUGUCAAUAUAUAUCACACAUCAUACAUCAUCUUGCCAAUCCAUGGAACGGCACACUGGAGCUUGAUUAUCAUCUGCUUUCCUUCCAAAGAAAGUAAUUCAGGGCCGAUCAUACUUCAUCUGGACUCCCUUGAGCUGCAUUCGAGUGCUAAGAUUUUUGACACCGUUAGGAGAUACCUUGAAGCAGAAUGGUGCCAUUUACGGAAGAAUCCCCCUCCCGAUAUUUCAAUUUCAGAGACAAUAUGGGAUGAUCUUCCAAGCAAUAUACAGAAAGAAAAAGUUCAGGUUCCACAGCAGAAGAAUGAGUAUGACUGUGGUAUCUUCAUGCUUUAUUAUAUUGAACGGUUUAUAAGGCUAGCACCAGAAAGAUUCACUCGAGAUAAUCUUAGCAUGUUUAGUCGUAGUUGGUUCCAGCCUGAAGAUGCUUCUGAUCUAAGACAGAGAAUACGAGAACUGCUGUUGGAAGAAUUUGAAAGUGCCAGGCUGGAUGAAGCUUUGUCGGAGGCUGACACAUCUGACCGAUCCGAUAAUGAAGAAGAUGCCACAAAGAGCGCAGAAUCAGAACAAGCAGCAGCAGCAGCAGCCCCUGGCAAUGGUAGUUCAGAAAUGAUCGUAGAGGGUGGAGACACUGGCAUAAGUAAUGAAGACAUCAAGGGGGUCGCGGCAUCAAAAGAAGCAAGCUCUAGCAUCUGCAGAAGCGCUGACAAUCUCGCGGGCUGUGUUCUUUUGGAAGAAGCUACAUUGUCGGAUAGCGUGAUGAAGGAUGAAGAAGACACUACAAAAGCAGAUCCUGUUAGCUCACAAGAUGAACAAGAAGUUGCAGUUUUAUCCCCUGGUGCAUGGAAAAACAGUGAAGAGAACACACAUAAACAGCCACAGCCAGAUAUAUGUUGCGACAGCUCCGACAGUGAGAUGGACGAUGUGAAGAUCAUUGAAGAUCCAUAUCAAAGAACUAACAAGCAAAAUUGUCGCAUCUUUUGACAUGAAGGGCUCAUGCGUCACACCAUCUGUUCCAUUUCCAGGAUGAUAAACAAAAUUUGGCAGAUGCUUGUGCAUGCAAAAAUUUUGGAGAUGCCUGUUGCCACAUGCCAAAUGGAUGAUGUGACUACCUGAUACAACAUCUCAACUGCAUGAUGGUUGUUGAAUUGAAGAAGUAAAUGAGUGAAGGUGGGUUACACAUAAUCUGCCUCCCUCUCCCUUCUCUUGUUCUUUGCCCAUGGUGGUAGUUUUUUUUUUUUUUUUUUCCUUUCAUUUUUGGCAGGAAGACCAUGGUGUAGUCACGGGAAGUGUACAGUGUACAGGCCAAGCAUAUACGGAGUAGGUCAGAAUGCUAGUUAUGUAUGGACACAUUGUUUAUAUUCCUAAUAUGAGAUAUUAAGCUAUUGAAAUACUUCCAACAUGUUUUUGGAGUCAA